AUGGCGGCCAUGAUUUUGGCCAACGUGCUGCAGCCCUUCCCGGAGAGACAGCGUGAGGACAUCAAGGACCGCACGGAGCUGGCGUCUCUGCUGGCGCUGCUGGCGGGCUUCUUCCAGAAGCGUGGCUGUCAGCGGCCCAUAGCCCUGGAAGCCUGGAAGAGCUUAGGGGAUGAGCUCAUGUUGGAGCAGGUGAGCGUUUCAACCAUGAUUCAAAGGGAGGUGGUGAGGAUCCUGAUGGGGGUGUUCGACCUGGCCUCCGCGGUGCGCUUCCUCUCCCAGCCCACCUUGAGCGGCUUCGUCACAGGGGGGGCGGUGCUGAUCAUCGUGUCGCAGCUGAAGCUCGGCUCGUUGAGCUGCUGGAAGAGCUUCUUCGGCUUCGAGGUCUUCCCCCACGAAGCGACUCCCUUUGGGAAGGUUUGGGCCUGCGCUAUGCGCCUGGAGGAGGCGAACUGGGCAAACGUGGGGCUGUGCAGCGGCUUGAUUUUGUUCCUCAUCGGCGCCAAGCGGCUGAAGGCCAUGGCCAAAACCAGCGGACAGAGCAGCAGGGUGUGGAGAGUGCUGGCGCAGCUGUCGCAGAUCAAGCAGAUCCUCGUGGUGGUCUUCGGGGUCGUCUUUGUGCGCCUGACAGCUGAGUCCGGGGCAAGGAUAGUGCCGGUGGUGGGGCACAUCCCCCAGGGCCUGCCGCCUUUCCGGGCGCCCUGGGAGCUGGCCGCGGCCCGGAAGCUGGCGGCGGGGCCGCCGGAGGUGCUGCAGGGCUUCGUGGCCAGCGGCUUGGUCGUGGCCUUCUCGGCCUUCCUCACCUCCUUUUCCAGCUUCAAAAA